CAAUUAGUUAACUCUUCUUUAUAUUUCAGUUUACAAUAUUUAUCAGAAAUCAUAGUACUAGAAAAAAAUCCAAGUUAAGAGAAAUGCCUCGUGUACCCUAUACCUGGCGUCAGCCACCAUAUCCACCAGGAGAUAGCGAUAAAAGCUGGAUUGAUCCCAGCAUUAUAGUCAUUUGUGAAGAGGCCAAUUUGGAUGAAGCAAUGAUUCCACUAUUCAACACUUUAUACGAGCCACUGGGCAAGAAUCUAAUUGCCAGCGUUUUUGUCCACGAGACAAUGCGCGAAAAGUUCAUUGAGAAGGUGCGUGCCGGCAUUGGCACAGUGCAUCGCCAGGUGAAAACCCAUGAGCACUAUGCCAGAGCAUUGCGUUUGCUGGACUGCCUCAAAUCUGAAGUGAUUUGCCUACAGAAACCAGACGACAUUGGUUUCAUCUACAAAAUGGUCGAUGGCUCAUCCCUGAUGUCCUGUGAGUUCAAUCAAAGUUUCUUCAGUCUCGACCAUCCAAGCGGUGUGGUCACUAUGCAUACAUUUCGCAAUGCCAUCGAAUUGGGCGAAUUGGCCCAGACAGAACGUUUGCCGUUCGUCAGUGCCGCCCUCUGGUGUCCCAAGAUGGCUGCCGCCUAUGAGGCGGCCUUGCAGCUUCCGAUAUCCACUGUCUAUAUCAAUUGUCGUGAUGUAUCAUUGGCGCCCAUACGUGAAUUCUAUGACUAUAAACAGCCAUUCGUUAUCAUGGCGGACCAUUAUCAUUAUGAAGUAAUCAAGAACAUGGAACGCUAUCAAAUGAUUGUAUUUCCGGCCCAGGUGCUAUGGGCACCUCAACCUCUAAAUGAAAAGACUGCGGAGAAGGACAUUCAAGUGCCUAAUAGCCAAAAGUCUAAAUGGUAGAGCAAGUAAAACGAAAACUAUUUAAAUUUAUUUAUGUUUAAUGUUAUCAAAUGUUAUAGUAUACAAAUUUCAAGCAAAUUAUUGAA